UUCAUUAUUGUUUUCCCACCUUUAUUUUCCCAAGAAAAAGAGAAAGAAAAUUCAACUUGGUGAUUCACGCCCCAGUAGGUGGCGGAAUAAUAAUCACGCCGGUUUUGACAAUUGAAAAUUUUCAUUAUAACGGGGUUUUAUGAUCUCACCAGCGACAAUAUUCCACCAAAUCCCUUGUUGUUUUCUAUAUUAUCUAAUGAGAUGCCAGCUGGGUUAGAUGUAGAAAAUCCCAGAGAUCAAAAGCUCUUCCUUUUUGUUUCUCUUCUGUUUUCUGGGUUUCUUAAGCUCAAAAUUGUAGAGGAAAAAAUGGAUCUUCUCGCCGAUGCGUCUAACCAAAAUUCUCAACCCCAAACUCAAAUAUCCCAUUUGGCUCUCGACAUUGGAGGUUCUUUGAUCAAAUUGGUGUAUUUCUGUAGAUAUGAUGAUAGUUGUAGAGAUGAUGAUGAUGAGCUAAUGUCCCAAAACGAUAGUCUUUGUUCCAAGAGGGAGAACAGUCGACCUGUUCUUGAAGGGAGGCUUCAUUUCGCAAAGUUCGAAACUAGCAAGAUAAAUGAUUGCUUGGAGUUCCUUAGCUCCAUGAAACUUUGCCUUGGUGCAAAUCUGAAUUCAGGUUUCCAUGAUCGCUCUGCUCCUUCGAGUGAUAAGAUCUUUAUAAAGGCAACGGGUGGUGGUGCUUACAAAUUUGCUGACCUUUUCAAAGAAAAACUUGGUGCCAGUCUUGACAAAGAAGAUGAAAUGGAGUGCCUUGUGACUGGUUCUAAUUUUUUGCUUAAGGCAGUCCACCAAGAAGCUUUUACAUACUUGGAUGGGUCAGAAGGAAUUGUUCAGAUUGACCCUAAUGAUUUAUAUCCUUACCUUCUUGUUAACAUUGGGUCCGGUGUUAGCAUGAUAAAGGUGGACGGAGAUGGCAAGUUUGAGCGAGUUAGUGGAACUAGCCUUGGAGGUGGCACCUUUUGGGGUAUGGGAAGACUUUUGACGAAGUGCAAGAAUUUUGAUGAACUACUGGAGCUAAGUCAUCGGGGAAAUAAUAGAGUUGUAGAUAUGCUUGUUGGUGAUAUCUAUGGUGGAACCGACUAUGCAAAGUUUGGUCUCUCUUCAACAACAAUUGCUUCCAGCUUUGGCAAGGCCAUUUCUGAUAAUAAAGAGCUGGAAGAUUACCAACCUGAAGAUGUCCCGCUCCCUUUUACGAAUGAUUUCAAUAAUAUUGGCCAGGUUAGUUUAUAUAAUGGUUUUCUGGCUAUGGUGAAUCAAAUAUUUUUCCUAAAACAGGCAAUAUUUGAAGCUUGCCUGCCGAAGUGGAAAAUUUGAGUCACCAUAUGGAUUUUGGCCUCAAUGUCGAUAGAUAUUGCUUCUCACGCCUGGUCUGUCCUUUUACAAUCAUUCCAUGUAUUAGUGGCUAAUUUGGUGGAUAAGAAUUCCAGAUUACUGUUUUGCCUAAUUGAUUUUGUUGCAGAAUUAAUGUUAGUAUCUGAUACAUAUCAUGCUUGUGGCUUAUAAUUAAUAAUAAUUUGUUGUUCUGCUGGCUUCAUUUUCCUUUCUUGUCCCAGAUAUCUACUUGAACGCACUUCGAUUUGGCCUUAAGCGGAUAUUUUUGCCGGAUUUUUUAUUCGGGGUCAUGCCUAUACCAUGGACACUAAUCUGUUGCUGUUAAUUUCUGGUCCAAAGGUGAGGCUAAAGCAAUGUUUUUACGGCAUGAAGGUUUUCUUGGGGCACUAGGUGCAUUCAUGAGCUAUGAGAAGCAGUGUCUCGAUGGCUUGACAGUCCAUAAAAUGCAGCAAAAGUUCCCCAUCAGCUUAUCCUCAGCCGGGGAUAAGAGUUACUGUGCACGGAACAGUAAUUCAGAUGAGAAUGGAAGUAUGAAAUGGAAGUAUUGAGUGCACCGUAUACGGAACAUAGAGACAACAUACAAGAUAAGUGAUUCUUAUGGAAGACUCUAGGUAACCAUGCAAAAA